AUGAAGACCUUCGUGGUUUUGGUGGCUGUAUCCCUCUUGUCCCUCAUUGGUGCAGAAGUUGAGCAGCAUGAACACCAGGAAGAGGAGGGCGGGACCACACAGGUCCCUAAAUACUUAACGGCUGUACAAGCAAACAAUGUCAAUGUCCAGAUUUUUGUCAUUUUAAGAGAGCUGGAGGACAAACUGAGAGACACUGAGAGACAGUUAGCGGAUCUGAGGAGGGAGGUGAGAUGUAAGAACCAGCAGUGAAAACAUCAAGUAAAAUAUGGUUGUAUUGUUCUUUGUGGUUCUUUUUGUGUGUUUUUUUAUUAUCAUAUAAAAUAAGACCCUUUUCUGUGUAAACUCUGAAGGUAACCAGGUGGCGUUUGGAGCAUCUCUUGGUGAUGUGGGAAAUAUCGGACCCUUUAAUGCUGAAAUCACUCUGACCUACAGGAAUGUCUACUCAAACACUGGCGCCUACAACCCUACAACAGGUAGAUUCACAACUACUACAUUCACUUGGUUAUCGGUUGAGGAAAUACAUUGUCCUGUUUGGGGCAGGUGCUGAAACUUAAUGGAUGCUGUCCAGUAGCAUUUCUUCCCAGAAAAGUUCAUAUUCAAAGAAAUGAAGAAGGUUAAUGGGAUUAAUUGUCCAUCACCGGUGAUUGGACAGUCACAGCUAAAGUGGUAAAUAACAUCCAGUAUGAUGUAACACUAUUGAUUAUCCACAGGUAUCUUCACUGCUCCAGUCAAAGGAGUCUAUCACUUCAGUUUCUCUGGUGUAAACGUAUCGAGCACACCAAUGGGGCUGAAACUGAUGAAAAAUGGAGAGCAGAUGGUCACAGUGUUCAACCAUGUAACUGGAAACCGCUAUGAGACAGGGACCAAUGGCAUGACUCUACAGCUGGAAGUGGGAGACCAGGUGUACAUGAGGCUCCGUGCAGACACUUGGAUUUUUGAUAAUGCCAACAACCACAGCACCUUUGUUGGACAUUUGUUGUUUCCUCUGAGUUAGAUAAAGUUAAAUGAUGUAAAAAGAGCGCAUUUUUCCAUGCAGAAGGUAAAUGAUUUCAAUGGUUAUUCAUCAGUUGUCACUUGGAAGGAGAAAUUUUAUUUCAGUAACGGCAGUAUUAAACUUUUCUGAAUAUACAGUACAGUGUUGACAGUUGAUUUGAACCAUGCGCUGUCUUUCCUAAUAAUGUUUUAUCUCUAUUGAUUCAACAAUUAUGCUUUCACUUUGCUAAACUUGAAUUUAUCUCUUUUCCUUUUCUCUAACUAUUUUCAUGUUUAAUGUUUGUAUUUUGUGCUCCCCUGAACCUCUUAUCCUGUCAUACUAAUUAUGUUUCCAUGUGUGUUUUGUCUUACCUGUUAUGUUAAAGCCACUGUCAAAGACUGCCAUAACUAUAAUAAACUAAUAAAUGCCAGAGUUAAAAAGAACAUCCUCUUCGACUGCUGUCAUCUGUGGCAAUUGAAGUGAAAGUGUAAUUAACUUUUAUACCUCUAAAGACAUUUUAUGAUCAGCAGUGUGUCCAGUGUCCUUGUCACAUGUAAAGCAAAGGUAGGACCCACGUGCAGAACGCAAAUGUUUUAUUAAACAAAAAGUUGAAAGGGCAAAUAUAAAAAAAACUUUAAUUUGUUUAAACAGAAAACCCAAAUACAGAAAAACUAGUAAUAUCUGAAACUUGACACAGAAGACAGGCAACACAGAGACUGAAUACACACUGGGUAACAGGCAACGAGGGACAGGUGAGAUCAUAAGGCACAGGUGCAGAGGGUCACCAUGGAGGGAAAACACAGGAAGUAAAACUAGACCAGAAACACAAGAAGAGAGAGCUACAAAAUAAAACGGGGAAACUCUGAAUCUGAACCUAAGAAUGUUACUGUGAAACAGGAAUAACUACACACAGGAAAAGCAACACUGGGGAAAAACACAAAAAACACCAGGUGAAAUACUAAACAAGGAAAAAAACUUAAACAACAAGGAAAGCCUUUGUUGGUCUGGUUGUACUCUACACAUAACAGGUCAGGUGGUCCUCUCUCAGUCUUUAUGAUUACAAAGAACAGUAUCACCAUGCCAAAAAAUAACUAUUUCAUCACUCAGAUUGUUUUUAUCACACACACUCUUCAAACCAGCUACUUUUACAGGACCCUCAAGUUCUGUUUGGUCAGAAGUCAGCAGUUGGAAAGACUGUUUACUUUUUAUCAUGCUGCUACUGAGUCUUGAAACAAAACACAGCAGCUCCUUGACAUAUAUGCACAUUUACCCUGUAGAUGUUUUUUUUUUUUUUUUAAUACUCCUCCUUGAACCGUCACCUUACCGUGGUGGAGGAGUUUGUGUGCUCUAAUGAACCUAGGAACUAUGCUAUCCGGGGCAUUUUGUCCCUGGUAGGGUCUCCCAAGGCAGAUUGCUCCUAGGUGAAGGGUCAGACUAAGAACGGUUCAGAAGACCCUCAUGGGGCCCCACCCUGAGGCCAGGCUCAGGGUUGGGGCUCAUUGGCGAUCGCCUGGUGGCCGGGCCUGCACCCAUGGGGCCCAGCCGGGCCCAGCCCAAAUGAGCCACAUGGGCACCACCUCCAGUGGACCCACCACCUGCAGGAGGAACAUGAAGGGUCCAGUGUUUGAGGGAUUGGGCAGCGGACCAAGGCGGGAGCCUUGGCGGGAGCCUUGGCGGUCUGAUCCUCGGUUAUGAAAACUGGCUCUUGGAACGUGGAACAUCACCUCUCUGGCGGGGAAGGAGCUAGAGCUUGUGGAGGAGGUUGAGCACUACCGACUAGAUAUAACCCUAUCAAAUGCCUAGGGAAGUGGUAUGAUGACACCCUCAGUGACAAGAACAACAUCACCAACACAGGAAAGCAGACAGAUGAGUGGCUAAGGAGGAUUGAAAGAUCUGGCCUACCUGGCAAGUUCAAAUCCUGGAUAUACCAGCACGGGCUUCUACCAAGGCUGAUGUGGCUGCUGACGGUCUAUGAGAUCCCACUGACUGUAGUGGAGGGGAUGGAGAGGAGAGUGAAUAAACAUCUCAGGCAGUGGCUUGGUAUCCCUCCCAGCUUCACAGCGGUGGGACUCUACAUUCGGUCGGGGCAGCUACAACUUCCAUUUUCCUCUGUGGUAGAGGAGUUCAAAGUGGCCAAGUGCAGAGAGACUAUGAUGCUCAGAGACUCUAAAGAUGAGCGAGUCAGCAAUGCCGGAGUCACCACAAGAACUGGCCACAAGUGGGUAGCAGACAGUUGAGGGACAUCGUUGGCAAUGUCUUCACUGGUCGGCAGGGCCUAGGAACAUCACACUUCACACAGUGGAAGAAGGCAAGUGUGCAGCAGAGGAGGGAAAUGGUGCAAGCUGAAGUGCGUUACCAAGAGGAGGAAACACGGAAGUCGAAGGCUGUCAGACUAGCCACCCAGGGGACAUGGACCAGAUGGGACCUCCCAAACAGGAGGGUCACAUGGUCUGAACUCUGGAGGCUGGAGCCAUUCCGUGUAAGCUUUCUCUUGAGGUCUGUGUAUGACACACUGCCAUCACCAGUGAACUUGGCAAGGUAGGGCCUGAGGGAGGACCCACUCUGCAGGCUGUGUGGGAAGAAGGGGACCCUGUCCCACAUACUAGCAGGGUGUCAAACAGCUCUGGCCCAGGGGAGAUACAGGUGGAGGCAUGACCAAGUGCUCCACAUGAUUGCAGACAUCCUGGAGCAGGCCAGGAGAAGACCGCAACCACCCAAGCCACAAGUACCAGCAGUACAGUUCAUCAGGGCAGGAGAGCAGACAUCCUCUGUGAAGAGAGCUAGGACCAACAUCCUCCAGGGGGCACAAGGAUGGGAGAUGUCAGCUGACCUGGGUAGGAGGCUCACUUUCCCCCCCGUUGUCCAGACCACCUUGAGGCCUGACAUUGUCAUCUGGUCAGAGCAGGCUAAGAAGAUCAUCCUGGUGGAGUUAACAGUGCCAUGGGAGGAAGGCUGUGAUGAGGCCCAUGAGAGGAAGAGCCUGCAAUACCAAGACCUCAUUAUGUAUUGUAGGGAGAAAGGGCGGCAAGCAUGGCUAUUUCCAAUGGAGGUGGGGUGUAGAGGGUUCCUGGCGCAGUCUGUAUGGUCGGUGCUCACUACACUAGGUGUGGCAGGCAGAGAGCGCAACGCAGCUGUGCACAGGAUUGGGGAGGCAGCAGAACGAGCCUCUUGUUGGCUGUGGUUUAAAAGGGAGGAGGAGGGCUGGAGGCUUGGAGCUGAUGGGCAGUAACCUGGCCACUUGACACAGAAGACAGGCAACACAGAGACUGAAUACACACUGGGUAACAGGCAACGAGGGACAGGUGAGAUAAUAAGGCACAGGUGCAGAGGGUCACCAUGGAGGGAAAACACAGGAAGUAAAACUAGACCAGAAACACAAGAAGAGAGAGCUACAAAAUAAAACAGGGAAACUCUGAAUCUGAACCUAAGAAUGUUACUGUGAAACAGGAAUAACUACACACAGGAAAAGCAACACUGGGGAAAAACACAAAAAACACCAGGGGCCUCAUGUAUCAACACUUGCGUGGGACUCAUACCGGAAACAAGCACACGCAAGGUCCGCCCCGGCACACGGCAGCCCGUCCGCCGGCUCGGAGUCGUCGGCCAGGACCAUCGGCAUUCAGGCCACCCCGGCCCCCGGCCCCAGCACCAGCACCAGCACCAGCGCGCCGACAAGCGGUGGAGCGUCCACCAGCCGCGGCGCUUCCGCUGGACCACCCGGACGCAGUGGAAGGGUCCUCACGGAGGCGGUCCUGCAAUCGCAGGAAGAAAUCAUCAGGGGGAUCGCAGGGAUCAACAAGCGGCUGGACCGGCUCGUAAAUGUCCUCGAGCGUCUGGUGGAGAAAAUAAAUUAAUUUGGCUCAUUGAACUGUGCAUUCACUUCUUACCCAUUCACAUUGUGGCGAUGAGAUUCUCCUGCGCGAGGACAGCGGCCCGGCAGGGAUCAGCUCGCAUCCCUCCGUCUGCUGCUGGUUCGUUAUGUGGGGCGACGUGCUGCUCGGCACUCUGCCAGGGCUGCCCUAUGUCACCGGUUUUGUUCAAAACCUUUAUGGACAGAAUUUCUAGGCACAGCCGGGGGGUGGAGGGUGUCCAGUUCGGCAAGCAGAGGAUCGUGUCACUGCUUUUUGAUGAUGUGGUUCUUCUAGCUUCAUCGAGCAGUGACCUUCAGCUCUCACAGGGGCAGUUUGUGGCCAAGUGUGAAGCGGCUGGGAUGCGAAUCAGCAUAGAUUUAUGGUGUGCAAUUGUGGUGUUUAUUUUUGUAGUACAAAUUAUUUACUCAUUGUUUUAAGGGUGGGGGUGUUACGGCUGUGUAUUUGUUUUGCGUGUGUUUUUCCCCUUUUGUCUCUUCAUAGCUGCCCAGGUGAAAUCACUUGAGUGCCAAUCAGACUCACCUGGCACUGAGAGUCUAAAAGCCCAGAGCUGCCUGCAGUCUGGAGAGGCAUUUGGUGGCGGAACUGCUGCCUUGCUGCCUCAUUUGUGUUGUGGGUGCUUUGUGUUUAGUUUGUAAUUUUUUUAUUUUGUCACAAUAAAUCACAUGUUAAACUUUUGAAGGUGUUUUGUUAAUUUGAUGGGUCGAAAGAUGAGGAUAGUUGUUAGCCCCAUAAGGCCGCCUGCGGGUGAGGCGUAACAGUCACAUGAUCUCAAUGGUGCCAAACCACAUGAAGCAAAUGCCCACAACACUGCCACAAAUACAAAAUCUGUUAACCAAUUUCUCCUUUUCUCACCAAUGUCUAGACUUUCUCACCAAUGUCUAGACGUACAGUUUUUUUAGUGAAGUUAAAUUCAGGGUUAUGUCAUAUUCACCUAAAGGAGGAUACAUGGUGUGACAAACUAUCCACUCCUGAAAGAGGGACUGUGUGCAGCAUUUAAAUAUAUCAUACAUCUAAGAAGUGAAGCACAGCAACUCAGAAAGUGUUCCCUAGUUCAUCCCUGCUGUCUUCUAUACAAUAAAAAGUUCAUACAUAUACACUACAGGCCAAAAGUUUGGAAGCAAGAUCAGAUUUGUACAAAAAAGAUCAUAGUUUCAUCAAUAUACUUUGCAACACAAUAAACCUUACUAUUGUGUAAAGAGUAACUUAUCAGAAGACAUUUUAACUAUAAUUAUUAGGUAUUUGAGUUAUUGUUGCUUAGACUUUGCUUUCUUUAAAGUAACCUCCUCUGGCUUUAACAACAGCUUGAGAUAUACCAGGCAUUCUUUCUACAAGUUUUUAAGGUAUGUUCCAAGGAUUGCAUUUCAAGCUUUUUUAAGUUAAUUAAAAAGAGACUGCUGAUUUGUGGGCUUUUCUGACCAAUCUAUCCAAUUCAUCCCACACUAGCUCUAUUGGAGAAAGGUCUGGAGACUGAGGGGACCAAGCCAUCUUUUGAAGAACACCUUCCUCUUCCUUUUUUGUCUAGGUAACCUCGACAGAGCUUGGCAGAAUGCUUAGGGUCAUUGUCUUGCUGCAAAACAAACUUAUGAGCCACAAGUCUUAGUCCAGAUGGAACAGCAUGGUGCUGGAGGAUGGAGUGGUACUGUUCCUUCUUCAUGAUACCCUUUACUUCAAACAAAUCUCCUACUCUAUCACUUGCAAAACAUCCCCAUACCAUGGAACUACCACCUCCAUGCUGAAUUGUGGGUGUAUCACAUGGUGCUUUCAGACGUUCACCAGUUUGUCUGCGGACAUAGACUCUGCGUUUUGAACCAAGCAGUUCAAAUGUGUUUCUAGUCAUCAUAAGUCCAAUUUUUGUGAGCUUUUGCCCACUCAUAUCUCUUUUUCUUGUUCUGUGGAUGAAGUAGUGUUUUUUGCAGAUACACAACCCUUCAGACCAGCCUUUCUCAAACAUCAUUUCACGGUUGUCAGAGAUAUGGGUUUCGACCUUGUUAUGUUGAUUUCCUCCCUAAUUUUUGGUGCUGUCUUUCGCCGAUCUCUCUUACUUGUGACAAUAAUAUGUUUAUCCUCUGCUUUUGUAGUAACUCUCUUUCGUCCAGGUCUUUUUCUAUCAUCAUAACUUCCAGGUUCCUCUAGUCUCUUCAGAGUGUAGUGGACUCCUUUGUUAGACACCAUUAGGAGUUUUGCAAUUUCUCUUUAUGUGUAUCCUUCUUUCCUCAAUGUACAAAUCUGUACCUUUGUUUCUUAACUCAGUAGCUUCUUUCUAGCCAUUUCUGCGGUAGUUUGAACGCAGUUGAGACAAUCCUUUUGUAUGAGCAAGUUGUGGUAUUUAAUAGUUAUUAAUAGCAUUUAAUAGUUGAAAUCAUUUUUUUCCUGAGAACAUUGAAACAUGUAGAAAACAGUUCUCCUUUUUUCGGAGAAACUCCAGCUUACUUCUGUCUUUGUGUGGUAUAUAAAGCCCAUAACAAGGAGCUGAUUUUAUUAAAGAGGGCAUAACUGAAAGAUGAAGACCCAAGUUGCUGUGUUGGCCUUGUUCCUCCUUAGUGUGGCUGAGGUCCAGCCUCUGGAGCAGCAAGAUAUAAACUGCACGAUAUAUGACAUCGAUCCACCAUCCAUUGAUCCACCACCUUGCGCUGAUGACACAGAAAGGAGCCACAAUAAGUUUUACAAAGUCAUAGUCAUCUUACAAGAGCUCCAGGUUGAACUGAGCAACACUAAAAAGCAAUUAGAGGAUCUGAGGGCAGGAAUCCAAGGUAAGAAUGGACAUGUGUUUGUGUAAGCAUUGUUUAGCUAGUAUGGGGAUUACCCAUUUUAGGCAUUUAAAAACUGAUUGUUUCAAUUUUAAAAAAGGUACCAGGGUGGCAUUUGGAGCAUCUAUGGGUGAUGCUGCUGGAGUCGUUGGACCUUUUAACACUGAAAUCACCCUGACCUACAAGAAUGUCUACUCAAACACAGGGGCAUACAACCCGGCCACAGGUAAACUACAUAUGUUCCUAGAGUCAUGGUUCUUUAUUUAAGAACAGCAAAGGAUCAAGUGUGAAAGCAUAACAAAACCUGUGCUCAAAGUGACCGAAGAUGUUUCUCUCUUUGUUGACUGUCAGGUAUCUUCACUGCUCCUAUCAGAGGAGUUUAUUACUUCAGUUUCUCUGGUCACAAUGGCUCUAGAAAAGCGAUGGGGCUGCGACUGAUGAAAAAUGGAGAGCAGAUGGUCACUGUGUUCAACCAUCCAGCUGGAAACCGUCAUGAGACAGCAACCAAUGGCAUGACUCUGCAGCUGGAAGUGGGAGACCAAGUGUACAUGAGGCUCCGCGCCGACAGCUGGAUAUUUGAUAAUGGGAACAACCACAGCACCUUUGUUGGACAUUUGUUGUUCCCUCUGUAAGUGAACAUAAAUGUUAAUUGGCAAAAUAAAGCUGUGUAAUUUUUCAUUUUUAAAUUGCUUGCUUGUUAGAUAAUUUAAAGAGAAGUAUUCAGAGAUGACCUCAGCAGAGAGGUCCUACAUUUGUUGCUUAAAGAUACCAAAGAAAUUUGAAGAUAGUAAGUCCAAAAAUAUCGCCUUAAAAUGCAUGUGUGAGAGUGCUACUGAAAAAAAAUGAGCCAAAGCUGUGUCUAUUUCUACACCUGUCAUGUCUCAAAUAUACUACAAGUUACCUUCAUUUUUGCAUGUGAUCAUAUUCUGUUGCAUUAAAGUCUUCAAAGAAUUUUGAAGUAUUUGUUUUGUCAUGACAGUCUUUUUUUUUUUUUUUUUUGCAUUGAUAAAACCACUAAAAUCUACCUUCAAAAAGCCUUUAUCUAUAAUUUGGGUCUUGAAAAUGGGUCAUCUUAUACAAAUAUAUAUAUAUAUAUAUAUAUACAGUAUGAUGAAUGAUUACAGCAAUUAAUGUCCUGUUUAAAGGUUAAGAACAAUGUGUUUGCUAAAAUGAAACAAACUCAUUUAAUAGGCUGAUUGUUAAGUGUUUUUACAGAGCUGAACUAACUGCACUGUUUGCACUCUUUGUGUUACCUGUUGGUAACUAGAGGCUUACUUAAGUCGUACGAGUAGACUGUAAAUACUAUGGAUAACUUGGUUCCUCCUUCAGCUAGUAUACGGAUUUGAAUUCAAAAAGCUCUCUGUAAUUCCACGUUUUUUUCCACUUCCUGAAACCAAUAUUGCGCCGUAGCUUUGUACCAUAGACUGUAUAUAGAAUGAGCGCCAUCUGCCUCCUCGCUAGGUGAAGCCACCCUGAGAACAGCACCCUCUGGUGAUGGGCUGCAGUACAGGUCAGAAAUCCUGCCUCUUCCAGCAAAGCUUAUGGGGCUGUGGACAAACUUUAGAAAUUUAUUACACAGAACAUAGAGCACAGACUUGAGCACAAACCAGUCUUACAGUAACAUGUCAACAUUGCAAACAAGGGGGAGAAAAAAUGUAUAUUCUCCAUCAUAAAUUUCUAAAGUUUGCCCACAGCUCCAUAAGCUUUGCUGGCAGAGGCAGGAUUUCUGACCUAUACUGCAGCCUGUCACCAGAGGGUGCUGUUCCCGGAAUGGCUGCACCCAGCUUAUGGUGUAUAUUUAGGAACACCAACACCACAUCAACAGCCUGACAGUUUCCUCUCCUCUCUGUGGUUUCUGUCCUCUGGUCAAAACUCUGCUCAAGCUUAAUAUGGACAAAAGAAGACUUGCCCACUUUGACAUUUUGUUGCAUGAUAAACACUUUUUUUUCCGCUGAGGUCAGACAAAGUGUUUGUGUGUGUGUGUGUGUGUGUGUGUGUGUGUGUGUGUGUGUGUGUGUGUGUGUGUGUUUUAUUCAUGACAACAGAGGUUUAAGAUAAUGAAACUAUGUUGUUCAACAUCAGUCUCAAAUGAGGAGGCCUUUUAGAAGAAGAUGAAGCCCGACAUGAUAGGAGCUCUGUCGGGACUGAUUGAGAAGAUACCAACUGCAAAGUUAUGAGAUGAGAGGACUUAUUUUCUGUUUAAUGAGAAAACAUGAGAGACUUGAGGUGAAAGAUUAGUUUUGAUGUAGAAAAAUAACUUUUGCUCUAAUAUUUAUAAAAAGAUAUGACAGGACCGCUGAUGUCGCCUUAACAUAUCCAUCAAAUAUCAGUUUUUCUGUGAGGUCAGUCCAAGUUGAACAAAAUAAAGGAAAUACUGAACUUCUGUACUUCUUCGAGCUUGGCAGUGCAGGGGUCAUAUCCUGAGUCAUGCGCAACCAGCAGAGGAUAGGCAGUGGCAAACCAGCUACUUCUAAGUUGUAACAAGGAACUGUGUGCAGGUUUUAACAUCGGGUUUGUCUGGGGUGAAGUACUGCAACUCAGGGUGCCCAUGCUCAGCCUUAGAGAUAGGGUAAGAAGCUGGGACACUUGGUAGGUGCUCAGAGUAGAGCCGCUGCUACUCCACGUUGGGAGGAGUCAGCUGAUGUGGCUCGGGCAUCUGGUUAGGAUGCCUUCUGGAUGCCUCCCGUUAGAGGUGUUCCUCCUGUUAGAGGAGACCUUGUGGUUGGCCCAGGACCAGCUUGAGGGAUUAUAUCUCUCGCUUGGUCUGGGGGCAGAAGAAAACAACGACAAAGUUUAAUUUUCAACCUUUACUGAACUGUAUCUUUUAUUUUAUAUCCGCAGAAGACGUCGGAUAUAAACAAUUUCUGCCGAUUUUGCAAAGUCAACUGCAGAAUUAACGGCAUUCUGAAUGAACGGCGCUUUGAAAAGUCCCGCAGCAUGUGUUAGAUGUCACAUCUACACAUGGACCAAUCAGGGGCUGCCUUUCCCUGUUGUUCGGGGAACAGUGGAAACACGGUCUCUGAUUGGUCCGGUUAUUUUCUGAUCGCUAAUACACACUCCCAAUGGGCCGAAGUCCAGACUAUUGUGGGAAGGAACGGCAAGUGAUUCACGCAACAGGUUGGCCAGCCAGGCUACGUCUAGGCUUCCCUCCUGAAGCUGCUGCCCCUGCGACCCAGACCCGGAUAAGCAGAAGAAAACAACGACAAAGUUUUAUUUUCAACCUUUACUGAACUGUAUCUUUUAUUUUAUCACUUUAAAUUUGGUAACUUUUAUUUUUACUAUGCUGUCUUAUCUUAUGCUGUUAUUGUCUUACACUUGUGAGAUACCUUGCUUUUCCGACCAGGCAUGUUCAAUCUAAAACCAAAUCAAUUGUCCUCCCCCGUAUUUGUCUUACAUCUUGGUUACCGAAGUUUAAAAUGCAAAAAUCAUUGUAAUAAGGGCAAUAUUGUUGAAACACACACAGUACCAACAUCCUACGGUUGUAUUUUCAGUGCCAGCACAUCAGCAGGUUGCUGUUAAAUAAUUAUUUACAACAACAAGAUGGUUUCUCUGGGUUGGAGAAAUACAAGAAAAGCAGUACUGCUACUUUUUUUGUAUACGUAAGCUUUUUUUAUUUUGUCCAAAUUUAAUCUCAGCUUUGACCUUGUUUGUUGCUUUUUUUCCUGCAUUGCUGCUUCCUCUCCCCUCCCCUCAGUCCCUUGUAUUGCAAAACUCUGGAUGAAGGAAGACUACUUUUACUCUACGUUUUAGUUUUACUUCAACUUUUUCUUGCAUGAUGACCCAAUUCCUUCAACCGGGGUUAGAGGCUAGUGUGAAUUAUCACAAUGGGUUGAUGCUCCUGUGUACUAUGUAAAGUUAUCGCCUCAUUAUAAUCUAGUCAGUCAGCGAUUAAUUAAGAACGUACUAAAUGCUGCCCUUUCUUUACCAGGAGGCCCAGAGAUGUGCAGGUAUGAAUAUUAUUGUAAAUUAAUGUCAUAUGAUCUCAAUGGUGCCAAACCACAUGAAGCAAAUGCACACAACGCUGCCACUGCCAUUUUAAUAUAUCAUACAUCAAAGAAGUGAAGCACAGCAACUCAGAAAGCAUUCCCUAGUUCAUCCCUGCUGUCUUCUAUACAAUAAAAAAUUCAUACAUAUACCCAUAUAUCAAAUUUACUUCAGGGUUGUCUGCAUAAAGGCUUGUGAUUGAACAGGUUCAUUUCUUUGCAGAAUACAAGUUGAAUAGAAAAUUGGCCAGGAUCUUGUGUACUAAAUGAGUUCCUUGGCCUCCCAUGAAGCUUGUGAAAUUCAGGGAAACACAAAAAGGAACUGAAAUGAACAUUGUGAAAUUUGCAGUUUAAACAAAAGAGUGUGCUAGAUUUCUUGCAGCUCUAGUAAGGUACAGAUUACAAAUCAUUUAGAUUUGAGAUAUUAUUUCAACACAUGUGGAGAUUUUGCUAAAAUCCUACUCACUGUUGUGCCCAGUGCUGCACUGUAUAUUGCAGAACAUGGCUGAGAUGCACCACAUGCAUUUCUAUGUUUAAAAAGCCAAAGGUUUGUAUGUUUUCAUAUUUCCACCAGGAUUGUCUGCAAUAUGUAGAGGUGACUGCUCCAAUGUAUCACCAAGUGACACAACUUCUAUCACUGUACUCUGGUAUCCGUUACCAGCAGCUAAAUAGAGAACUUUAUUGCAGAUCUUGGCAUUAGUAUAUUGGAUAGAUCAGACAUUUUUCAGGAAUUACUACCUCAAAAUAUUUUACAUGUGUUUAAAGAUGAAUUAACACUGAUUUCAUUCUGACCGCGCUCAGGAUAGGAAGCUAGGAUGCUAAUGUAAUGUCAGAUUGUGUUGUUACAGGUUGGAUAUAGUAGACGUAUAGAAGUCCAACAAAUGGUAUCAAUGUUCAAAGCGGAAAAAAGAAAAACAAAAUGCAGACCUAGCUGCUAAACUGAAAAUUACUGUUAGAUAACAACCAACAUUAGCAUUAGCAGCUGUUUCCUCACUGAUAUAUUUGUUUGAUAGUUUUACAUGAUACAUUAUGAGUUAUUUUCAUAUCCCCCACAUUCAUGAAAUUCACACUUUGGAACAAUAGAACACCAUGGCUUCUUAAAAUUGUUCGUAAAUUGCCAACUUUUCUAUCCAGCUGACACAAAGCAGCUUUAGCAUCAAAAUUAGCAUCAAAAUUAGCAUUCACCUGAAGUCAAGACCAUACAGCUGAUUAAAAAAAUAUAUAUCCUUUUGUAUGAGCAAGUUGUGGUAUUCAAAUAGCAUUUAAUAGUUGAAAUCAUUUUUUUUUCCUGAGAACAUUGAAACAUAUAGAAAACAGUUCUCCUUUUUUUCCUGGGAAACUCCAGCUUACUUCUGUCUUUGUGUGGUAUAUAAAGCCCAUAACAAGGAGCUGAUUUUGUUAAAGAGGGCAUAACUGAAAGAUGAAGACCCAAGUUGCUGUCCUGGCCUUGUUCCUCCUUAGUGUGGCUGAGGUCCAGUCUCUGGAGCCGCCAGCUCAAGAGGUCAACUGCUCUAAGAUAUCCGACAUCAAUCCAACUUGUGAUUGCGCUGAUGGCACAGAAAGGAGCCACAAUAAGUUUUACGAAGUCAUAGUUAUCUUACAAGAGCUCCAGGUCGAACUGAGCGACACUAAAAAGCAAUUAGAGGAUCUGAGGGCAGGAAUCCAAGGUAAGAAUGGACAUGUGUUUGUGUAAGCAUUGUUUAGCUAGUGUGGGGAUUAUCCAUUUUAGGCAUUUAAAAACUGAUUGUUUCAAUUUUAAAAAAGGUACCAGGGUGGCAUUUGGAGCAUCUAUGGGUGAUGCUGCUGGAGUUGUUGGACCUUUUAACACUGAAAUCACCCUGACCUACACGAAUGUCUUCUCAAACACAGGGGCAUACAACCCGGCCACAGGUAAACUACAUAUGUUCCUAGAGUCAUGGUUCUUUAUGUAAAAAAAAAAAAGGAUCAAGUGUGAAAGAAAAACAAACCCUGUGCUCAAACUGACUGAAGAUGUUUCUCUCUUUGUUGACUGUCAGGUAUCUUCACUGCUCCUAUCAGAGGAGUUUAUUACUUCAGUUUCUCUGGUCACAAUGACUGUAGUAAAUCGAUGGGGCUGCGACUGAUGAAAAACGGAGAGCAGAUGAUCACUGUGUUCAACCAUCCAGCUGGAAACCGCCCUGAGACAGCAACCAACGGCAUGACUCUGCAGCUGGAAGUGGGAGACCAGGUGUACAUGAGGCUCCGCGCCGACACCUGGAUAUUUGAUAAUCUGAACAAUCACAGCACCUUUAUUGGGCAUUUGUUGUUCCCUCUGUAA